GUGCAUUAUGGGGGGCAAACACAGCAGUUACAGCUGUAUGUGGUGCCUGGAACUGGCCCCCCAUUAUUUGGCAGGGAAUGGCUUUCAAAAAUAAAGCUGAAUUGGUGUGACUUGAAAAUGCUCCACACGUUCCAGUCCAAAGAGAAAGGCACAGACCAAACACUGGAACACUUGCGGAAGAAAUACAACACAGUUUUCAGUGAUCAGAUGGGAACAGUAAAAGGCUUCACAGCAAAACUUGUACUAAGAGAUGACGCAACCCCAAAAUUCUGCAAAGCCAGAUCUGUUCCAUACUCCCUGAGACCAAAGGUGGAAGCGGAAAUCGAUCGCUUGCAGGAUACAGGGAUCCUGACGAAAGUGGACAGAAGCGAAUGGGCCACACCCAUAGUUCCUAUUGUGAAGAAAGACGGGUCUGUUAGAAUGUGUGGGGACUUCAAGGUAACUGUGAAUCCAAUGUUGCAUGUGGACCAAUACCCCCUACCACGUCUGGAUGACAUCUUUGCUGCACUAGCUGGUGGGAAACACUUCAGUAAAAUCGAACUGAAACAGGCUUACCUGCAGCUACCGGUUGAAGAGAGUUCCAAACAGUACCUGACAAUAAACACACACAAAGGUCUAUACAAGUAUAACCGCCUGGUUUUUGGCAUUGCAUCAGCCCCUGCCAUUUGGCAACGAACUAUUGACCAGAUUUUGCAAGGAAUCCCAGGAACCCAGUGUAUCCUGGAUGACAUGAUCAUAACAGGACGCACCGACAAAGAGCACCUGGCUAACCUGGAAGAGGUCCUGAAAAGACUGAAAGAGUAUGGUCUACAGGCAAACUUAAAGAAGUGUGAGAUCUUCAAAGACAAGAUUGUCUUCUGUGGACAUGAGAUUGACUGCAAUGGAUUGCACAAAACACAGGACAAAAUCGAGGCAGUGGUACAGGCACCACGACCACAAAAUAUCACAGAAGUGAGAUCUUUCACAGGACUGAUCAAUUACUACAGAAGAUUCCUCCCAAACCUAUAUGGCAAGCGUUUCACACUGGUUACAGAUCACCAGCCAUUGCUUUCCAUUUUCAGUCCAAAGAAAGGCAUUCCGGCAAUGACAGCAGCCAGGUUACAGCGAUAUGCCCUGUUCCUUGCCAGUCAUAUGUAUGACAUUGAGUUUAAGCCGUCAUCCCUCCACACAAAUGCAGAUGGAUUAUCCAGACUGCCGUGUACAAGAGAAAGACAAAGGAGGGUGGAUGCAGUGGACAUGUUCCAUACCGCUCAGCUUGAGGCCCUACCAGUCACAAGCACAGUUAUCAAACAGGAGACAAGGAAAGAUGUGACCUUGUCAAAAGUGUACACCUACACCAUGUCAGGAUGGCCAGCUACUGGCAGAAAGGAGCUGACUCCGUAUUUCCAGCGGAGAAACGAAAUUACAACGUACCAAGGAUGUUUGAUGUGGGGAAUGAGAGUCAUGAUACCCCAGAAAUGCCAGCAUCUAGUCUUGCAGCAACUACAUGAAGGUCAUGUUGGAAUUGUCAAAAUGAAGCUGCUCGCAAGGAGCCACUUCUGGUGGCCAGGUCUGGACCAACAGAUAGAAAAUAUGGCAAAGAACUGUAGUGGAUGUUUGGAAACCCUUCACAUGCCUACUCCUGUCCCAGUCCACCCAUGGGAAUGGCCCACAGAGCCAUGGCAGAGAAUUCAUGUGGACUACGCUGGUCCCUUUGAAAAGCACAUGUUUCUGGUUAUAGUUGAUGCCCAUUCCAAAUGGCCAGAGGUGUUUUGCACUGACUCCUCCACCUCAGCUCAGACGAUAGAGUGUCUCAGAACAACGUUUGCACGCUUCGGUUUGCCACUGCAGCUGGUAAGUGACAACGCGCAAGCUUUUGUAAGUGACGAGUUUACAAGAUUCAUGUCAGUAAAUGGAAUCAAACACUCAACCUCAGCUCCGUACCACCCUGCCACCAAUGGGCUGGCAGAGCGCUUUGUGCAAACCCUAAAGCAAGGACUCCGUGCAGCAAAACGAGACGACGGGACUUUGCAAACAAAACUGGCCAAGUUCCUGGCCUCCUACCGAAACACCCCACAUGCCACGACAAAUGAAAGCCCAGCCGCACUGAUGUUCGGGAGGCCUCUCCGCACACAGAUGGACAUCAUGAAGCCAAACAGGCGUAAUGAAGUGCUGAACAAACAAGCCAAGAUGCUCUCCGGUGGCCGGGAGCGCCAUCUCCAAACAGGACAGGAAGUGAUGGUGCGAGACUACAGAAGAGGAGGGAAAUGGACAAGAGGGACCGUACACACACAAACGGGUCCCAGAACUUACCAGGUUCAAGUGAGCCCAGAGAUAAUGUGGCGGCAUCACAUUAACCAAAUGCAUUCCACGGAAAACAGCACAACAAUCGAGAGAGAACAGGCACAGAGAGAUCCUGAGAGUGACACACAGGGAACUGUAGAGGACGGUGGGGCAGUAAAGAGACCCCAGGCUGAAAGAAGGGAACGUGUUGAUGAAGGUGCUGCUAUAGCAGACGCUAUAAUGGAACAAGCACACACUGAGGAUGUUCAGGAGCCUCCAGACAAUCUGAGGCGCUACCCAGAACGAAGGCACCGUCCACCAGACAGACUAGACUUAUAAACAAACAAACA